UAUGUACAGCACUGGUAAGACGUCACAAAGACAGUAUGGCCGGACAGCAUCGGCUGUCUGCAUUGUAACUUUAGGUGAACGCUUUCCGGGGGUUCUAAGGGAUAUUUUUAAAGAAAUAUGUCGGAUUAUUUGAGGUCUGCUUUGGGAUACUUGAAUGGAGCGACAAAUACAAACGAAUACGUUGGACAAAUACUGGAAAUCAACAAUGUGAAAUUACGCGUGACCAGGCUACUCGCCGAGGGUGGUUGGGCUUUGGUAUUCUUGGUAGAGGAUGUUAAUACAGGAAAAGAAUAUGCGCUUAAGAGGCUCAUUGCAGUCGAUGAAGAUGCAAACAAAAGUAUUAUACAAGAGAUAGAGACUUUAAAAAAGUUAUCGGGUCAUCCAAAUAUAAUUCAGUACCUAUAUGCUCAACGUUUGGAGCGAGAAGAUCGUAACGGAUAUGAAUAUUUAUUGGUGACGGAAUAUUGUUCAGGUGGCACGGUAGCGGAUAUACUGAGAAACUUAUCAUCGAAUUCUUUGAGUCUUGCCCAAAUUUGUAAGAUAGCGUAUCAAGCAACAAAGGCUGUACAUCAUAUGCAUAGUCAACAGCCUGAACCACUCAUACACCGUGAUAUAAAGCUAGAAAAUUUCUUAAUUGGAAAUGAUGGUCUGAUUAAACUUUGCGACUUUGGAAGUGUUACCGUUCAACAGAUUUUACCAAAUCCAUCAUGGAAUGCUCAAAAACGUGCUACUUUAGAAGAUCAAAUGGCAAAAUAUACAACACCUAUGUAUCGUGCACCUGAAAUGAUGGAUACAUGGAAUAACGAGCCUAUCGGUCCACCGGUUGAUUGUUGGGCACUGGGUUGUAUCUUAUAUUCCCUAAUAACGCUAAGGCAUCCAUUUCCCGAAGGUAAUAAACUUGCAAUCGUUAAUGGCAAGUAUCCAGCAAUUCCUGCCAAUCCUCGUUUAGCCUGUCUCCACGAAAUAGUAAAGGGAUGUUUAGAAGUGUCUCCUGUUCGAAGACUUGCAACGUCGAUGAUUCUGGAACGUCUUGCAGCGAUAGCUGAAUCUAAUAACUUUGAUCUCAGAGAACCCCCGAAAGUAGAAAUCGUAGUUAAAACCCCGCCACCUCCUAGACCCGCCCCACCACCUGCUACACCUACUCCACCACCGCGACCGUCUCCUCCGGUAAAUAUGCCACCUCCGAGACCUGCACCAGCUCAAACGGCUGUGGCAAAAAUUCCUGUAGCUCAACCGACAGGCCUAUUUAGUUCAUUAAAGGGUGGUGCUGGUAGCAUUCUACGUAACUUAAAGGAUACCUCAAGUAAAGUGAUGCACUCUGUGCAACAAAGCAUGGCUAGAACUGAAUUAGACGCAAGUUACUUAACGUCUCGUAUACUAAUAAUGCCCUAUCCAGCGGAUGGAAUAGAGUCCGCCUAUCGAGCCAAUCACGUGGAGGAUGUUAGAGCGUUUCUUCAAGCACGGCAUCCAGUUCCUGCUCGCAUUCAAUUAUACAACUUGUCACGUGGACGACCCAACGUAUCUAGGCUUCCCGGUAGACAUAUAGAUUGUUCAUUCGCCUAUGCUUCGUCGGACUCGAAUGCUCCGUUACUCUCUGCAUUAUAUCAAAUUUGUCAAGAUAUCUAUCGAUAUUUGAACGCCGACUUCAAUCACGUUGUAGUGUUAUAUUGUACUGACGGAUAUCGUGCAAGCGCUACAAUUGCGUGUACAUUACUUAUUUAUGGUAAAGCAUUAAGAACCCCCGAAGAAGCGAUAGCGUUAUUCACAACAAGACGUUGUCAGCCGCCUCAAUUACAACCUUCAGAAUUUCGCUGUAUUCAUUACAUGAGUUUAUUGAGUAGCGGUGUCCUUCCCCAUACGAAACCGUUGACUCUUCGAACUUUAAUUAUACAACCGGUACCGUUGUUCACAAGAGCAAAGGACGGUUGUCGACCGUACAUUGAUGUCUAUAGUAACGGUGCGUUAGUUUACUCUACUAAGCGACCAGAGUACGAGGAGAUGAGAUUAUUCGGUAUGAUGGAGGGAAAAGUUCCUUUAGCAUUGGCUAACGCAACGGUUCGCGGAGACGUUACUAUCGUGAUAUUUCAUGCUCGACAACAACUUGGCCGCGUGAUCGGAAUUAAGAUCGCAUCGUUUCAUUUUCAUACGGGCUACAUACCUCUGACUGAAACUGCUUUAACGUUCGAGAGAAAAGAUUUAGACGAUGCACCUGAAGUUGGCGGCAAGUUCCGCGUCAUUUUAAAUAUUAGUGUAGCCGAAGAGAAUCCAAAAUUAGCUAGAGUUCCGGCGCCAUGGGAAGCAGAAUUAUCCUCGGCAAAACCAGAACCCGAUGCGUUAUUUGGAUCAACUUUAGAAAUGGAGGAGACAUUAGAAAACUUUAGAACCGCUCGAUCGGAAGAGGUUCAGAAAGAAAUACCCACUGCACCCGUAGCCGAAGCAUCAAGCAACGUUAACGUACAACAAGAAGUACCUCAGGAAGUAGAGAACGUAGAAGAAGAAACAAACGAGGAAAUUAAAUUCCAAGAAGCCGAUCUAUUGAACCUAGGAAUGCCAGACACCAGUACCUUAAAUACUCCACGUUCAGCGAAUGCAGGAUUAGAUAUUUUUUCUAACUCUAGUCAAAAUGAAAGUGAUCUCUUAGGAGGUUUUGGUGUUUUUACUCAGCAAGAAGCGAAAAACACGGUACCCACGAUUAACGAUCCUGUUCAGAAUGAUUUACUAUUCGAGCAUGGUCAGUCUACUAAAAACGAUAAUGCUAACAAUAAUCUAAACGUGAACGAUUUACUCUUCGAUCAAAGUCAAUCUACCGUUAAACCUGAAGUUAACGAUUUGUUGUUCGAUCCAUUGGUUGGAAAUUCUGCGAAGAAUCUUUUGGGAAAUAUGCAAAAUGCUACACCUAAUCCUGCAAAAUCUCCGAAUAUCGAGGAAAACUUGCCACGGAAUUCGAGCGUUCCAAACUUUGCAGCACAAAACAAAGAUCCAUUCGCGAAUCUUGCCAGUUCCCUAGGCUCUGGUCUGACGUCGAGUUGGAACGGUACACCGAGAAAUUCAAAUACUCCACAGUCUGCUAGUCCUGCGCCGGCUAGUACACCGAUUCAUUCGAGUCCUAAUACGCACAAAUCCAAUGUAACUAACGAGACCAAUACCCCAGAGAGCGGUACAUCUGGCAAUAAAUCGACUAAAUCAAGUGGAGAUGCCUUUGAAGAUUUACUCGGUAGUCAAGGAUAUAAUUUUUUUAGUUCGAGAAAAACAGAGAAGGAUAGUCCAAAGACAAUAAAUCAAAUGCGGAAAGUAGAAGCUGCCAAAACCAUGGAUCCGGAUCGACUAAAAAUAGCUGAAUGGACGGAAGGUAAAAAGGGGAAUUUACGCGCUCUUCUCUGCUCGAUGCAUACUGUUUUAUGGCCAGAAGCUGACAGGUGGCAACGUUGCGAGAUGCAUCAAUUAGUUACAGCUGCGGAUGUUAAGAAAGCGUAUAGGAAAGCUUGCUUGGCUGUGCAUCCAGACAAGCAAGCAGGAACAGCUAACGAAAAUAUAGCGAAACUGAUUUUUAUGGAACUGAAUAAUGCUUGGAGCGCGUUCGAAAAUGAUGCAUCGCAACAAAAUUUAUUUACUAUUAUGUGGUGGCUAAGAAGCAAUCUUCGGGCUCUUCUUCAUCCACCCCCGGAUCUACGACAUAUGAUUCACUUCGGUAAAAGGAAGACCACUCUGAUACCUUUCACAAUGAACCUUGCAUGGAUAACACAAACGAAGAAUGCUAAGCAAACAAAGAAGAGGAGAAGUACAAAAAACUUGAAGAUGUUUGGCUUCUCUUGGAAAGUUGUAUUUCUGUUUUUACUGGGAGUUACGUUAUGCUCGGUAGCUUCUUGUACUGCAAAUACUACCAAGUCUGCGAGGGCUCUCAAAGGACGACCUCGAACAUCUUAUGCUCCAUGGCGUAUCGUGCUAGGUUUGACUCAAUCGCAAAGCUCAUUCAAGACAGAUAUUCAAAAAGCAUGGGAGAAAGCAAGGCUGGAGUCGUCUCAUGCAGACAUGAAUGUAUCCUACAUAGAGGCUCCACCAAAGACGGAUUCAAUGUCGUAUCCUCUAUCGUUGCUGAACAAAUUCUGUAACGAAAUUAAAGGUGGAAAAACAGUGUUGAGCCUCAUUAUCGGGGGAGGAUCGGCAGCCAGAUUUCUUGUGACAGCUGCAGCUGCUUUAAAUCUUCCAGCGUUAUGGUUACCAUUCACACACGAAGAUUUUCUUCGACAGGGAAACCUUGGACAAUUUGAAAGUCGUAUAGGCUCGAGUACAAAAGAAGUGGGAGCAGCUGCAGCUGCUUUAAUGCAUAGAGCAAACUGGCAUGCAUUUACUCUUCUCAUCGAUACCACUUUACUUCCAGUCACUCAUCUUUUACAAUCUAAUCAGCCAACCUUAAUACCCAGAACGAUUAUAUACCUUCCAACAAAUGACAAGACCUUAAGAAUGAGAAUCAGACGAGUAGCAGAAGAAGGAGGAAGCGGAGGAGUCAUAGUAAUGGCUUGCGACUUAAACAAUGCACGAAGGAUACUUGCAGCUGCCGGUAAAUUUGAAAUGCUCGCUGGAAGAUUUUUAUGGCUCUGGCUAGACCUCAAGGCAGAAUUAAGACCUAACGAACCAAAUAUAAUCAGUUCGCAUAUUAUACACAACUCGAGAGCAUCGGUUGCAACAAAUGAAAAUCCUGUACCAAUAGAAACCAUAAAGCAAAGCGCAAACCUUGUACCCGAAAGCCAAUUAACGUUACAUGCUUUACCAAGUUUAGCUAAUGAUAUACAUCGAUUGCAAGAAUACAGAUGGCAGAACGAAAAAAUCAUAAGUAAACAAGAAGAAAAAGGUUUUAAUUUUGACGACGACGAUGAGGUCGGAGUAACAGACAAAGAAUUAAAUUCAAAAGAUUUUAUGCCAAUCGGUAUGCUUGCAUUAAGACCUUCUGGCAUAAAAUUAAUGGGUAGCGAUACGAUACUAUCCAGAAUGAUAAGAGAAACUUCUCAGGCUUUGGACGAAACAUUUUUAGAAGUAAAAUCCAGGUUGGAUCGGUUAAGAGAAUUACAACUCGAAGAGAACUUUGUACCAGAAUGUUUUCCAGAAAGAAGAACCAAAUUUUUAAUGAGCGAAAUAAGGAGUAACGUUUCUAAGACCUUGACACAGAAAUUGAGAAAUUCUGUAAGUCAAAUUUCCAAGGACAAAGCUAAAUUUCAAUUAUUGAACUUGCAAGCGACAAGGUUCCCUGGAAAUAAGACUCAAUUGAGGUGGACCAAAGUAGGCACUGUUAAAGGUGGGAAGGAAGUUCACCUGGAUACCAUCAUUUGGCCAGGAGGUGGAAUUGUACCCGCAUAUCUAGAACAGGGUGGUGAAAAGAUUGGCAUGCCCAUGUACCGUGUCGUGACUGCGCUUGCAUCACCGUUCACUACGGUAACGAACUUACAGGAGGGUCUUUGUCUCAGAGGGAUAUUUUGUCGUCAAGGGAAUACCGUGAUGUGUUGUUACGGUCUAAGUAUGGACUUGAUGUCCUUGGUAUCCCGAGAAUUAGGAUUUCGUUACGACUUAUACCUGGUGAAGGACGGUUUGUUCGGCAAGAGAAAUGGUAGAACUGGUCCAUGGAAUGGCAUUAUGGGAGAAUUGGUUUCCGGUCGAGCGCAACUUGCGUUUGCACCUCUGAGCGUGUCCGCCCAUAGAGCCGCUGUAGUAGACUUCACGACACCUUACUUCUUCAGCGGAGUAAGCUUUCUGACGGCGCCAAAGCUGAAAUCCGAGAUAUCACUGUUUGCGUUUCUCUUUCCAUUCAGUACGGAACUGUGGAUCGCCGUUUUCACAUUCCUAAACUUUACUGCCAUAGCAGUGGCUUUGUACGAAUGGUUCAGCCCCUUUGGUUUGAAUCCUUGGGGUAGACAACGAAGCAAGAACUUUUCAAUUGCCUCUGCUUUGUGGGUAAUGUGGGGUCUUCUAUGCGGGCAUCUGGUUGCCUUCAAAGCCCCUAAAUCCUGGCCUAACAAGUUUUUAAUCAACAUUUGGGGAGGUUUCUCUGUUAUUUUCGUGGCUUCUUACACAGCCAAUAUAGCUGCCCUGAUCGCGGGCCUUUUCUUUCAUUCGGCAGUAAGCAAUUAUGACGAUAAAAGUUUAUUGUUGCAAAAAGUCGGAGCGCCGAGAGCAUCAGCAGCCGACUACUACGUACAAAAGGCAAGCCCACAACUCUGGUCACAUAUGGCUCGAUAUUCGUUGGCGAAUGUCGCCGAAGGCGUAGAAAGGCUAAGAAAUGGUAGUUUAGAUAUUCUUAUAGCAGACACUCCUAUUUUGGACUACUAUCGAGCGAUUGACGAUGGCUGCCGUUUACAAAAGAUUGGAGAUACUAUAAAUGAAGACAUGUACGCUGUUGCGCUUACAAAAGGUCAUCCCUUGAAAGAAAGUAUAUCCAAAGUAAUUGCUAAUUACACGAGUACCGGGUUACUCGACAUCUUACAAGAGAAAUGGUACGGUGGUUUACCAUGUAUUCGAGGAAGAGAGGAUAUGGACACGGGUCUCCAACACGAGCAAGGAGGACAACCCAGACCUUUAGGCGUGGCAUCUGUAGCUGGUGUAUUUUGUUUACUUGGCAUGGGUGUUGUGCUUGGCACUAUUAUACUAGCAGGCGAACACUUGUUUUACAAAUACACCUUGCCCAGAUUGAGACACAGGCCGGAAGAUUCUAUAUGGCGUAGUCGGAACGUUAUGUUCUUCUCCCAAAAGCUGUACAGAUUCAUCAAUUGCGUGGAACUGGUGUCACCGCAUCACGCUGCGAGGGAAUUAGUUCACACGGUACGACAAGGCCAAAUUGCUUCUCUGUUCCAAAAAAGCGUGAAACGAAAGGAACACGAACAGCGUCAAAGACGCAGAAGUAAAGCUCAAUUCUUCGAGAUGAUUCAAGAAAUUCGACGAGUACAGCAAGAGGAAAAAAUCGAGACAGUGGCAGAGGAGCAAGAAAAAGUAUCGACGUUUAAGUCAGACGAGAAGACGGUGAAAGGACGAGAAAGAAGUAGAAGUAAAAGUCCCCUGAUGCCUCGAAGCCCGAAGAGGUCCGAGAAAAGCAGAAGCUCGACCAAUUUGUCAGGCUCCAGGCUCGGAUUAUCUCCCAUCAAUUUAGAAACCCCUAUGAAACCAAGAGAAUUCACUCUGAGUAGUACGAAUCUCAGGGCAAGAAGUCCAUUGGAAACCGUUGGACGACGACUGAGUCACGGUGACGGUGGCUCACCACCUCCGCGUCUUGGUUCACACUUUGGCGGUAGCGCGACGUUGCGACCUUUAGCCCCGACCAGGAGCGACUCAACCGGAACUGGCACGCCUGCGAUAAAGUGCGCUGGUGAGACCAGCGGAGGUGGUGUGCCAACACCGAGAUACUCUCGGAGUCCAGCGAAACGAGGACAAUCUUUCCCAGUAUUCGCCACUUUAAGACCACCGCAUUCGUCUAACUAUCAAAUGUCCAAGAGUCCCUUACUCUCGCCUAAUAACGAGCUAACGUCGGCUAUUGGACGAAAGUUAUCUCGCGAGUGGGGCUCCGGGACCGUCGACAUCAGCAGAUCCUCCGAAGCCGUUGCCGUUGGCGUUAGCGUUGGCGGUGAUUCCACAUGCACUUUGAACCAAGAAAUGACCUUGUCCCUGGAGCGACCAUCGCACGAGAAAAUAAAAGACGACGCGCUGCCGAUAAAGAAGCCUAUACGACGCGCGAGAAGUCACGAAAACAGAGACAAUGGUAAACUGAUGGCCGAUUUACCAUCGCCGAGAUUCACCGCCCAACCGGUGGUGGGGGGCCGAUCGGUAAGCGAACGAACGAAAAAACAAUUAGAAUCUGAAUUGAAAGCUAUUUUAAGUGCCAGGGCCCAUCAUCGCGACCUGCAUCCCCCUUGAUAGAUCGACACGCCCGCGCCGCUUUAAAGAGUUCUUGAAAGCAGAGCUUCGAGGAUCGUUGCCUCUGAGGGGCUUUGAUUGAUUUAAGCAAUAUCAGAUUUAUAGGUCAAUUUGUAGAGAAAUCCGACAAUUUAACAAAAGGCAAAAACACAAAAAAAAACACAUGUUUAAAACAUAGGCAAUCUUCAGAGGGUCGUGUAAUAACGAGAGAUUUACGAAGAGCGAACAAUCUCUUUCGUCUAUUCGUGUUGUUGCGUACAUUGAUAAUAUAA